AUGGAGUUGCAUCAAAGAAAUCAAAAACGACAAAAAAAGACUUCUAUUACAUAUCAAGGUGAUCCAAAAAAUAAUGAUCCCGUAUUUGACCUUUUCUUAGACAAUACAGCUAUUGGACAGCCAAUAAACCAAGAAGAAGAUAUUUUGAAUGAUAGCAAUAUACUUUUAAACCUGUCAUGUAACUUUGAGAAUAUUGAUAAACUUGAGGUAUCGGACACCAAAAAGGGUGAAACUGUAACAAAGUGUAUCUUAUAUGAAAAAACUGUGAUAGUAGACACUAAUAACUUUGAUGAAAUUAAUAAAAUUAAUGAUGGACUAGUAAACAAUGAAAACGAAGUCGAAACAAGUUGCACUUUGGAUAAAAAUGGUAAGAUAAUAGCCACCAAUGACAGUGACGAUAUAUUCAAUGAUAACGUCGAUAAAUUUACUGUCGAGCCUGAAGACCAAGAGCAAGAGAAUGUAUCAAGAUACAUUCUAAAUGAGAAAAACUGGAGUUUUUCAAUAUACAAUUUCUCGAGUGGAGCAAGUUAUAAACAACAUACCAGUGUUACGAGAUAA